AGUUUCACAACCUCUUCUUCAUCUCCCCAUAUCAUCUCUUUUGAAGCAAAGAAAUGGCUCUAACACUAUCCAACACAUUCAUCCACAGAAACCUCCCUCCUCUUCCAUCUCUCUCCUCCACCAACAAGCUGACCACCACAGUGGGACAACAACCCAAUCGUCCGCAGUGGAGCUGCAGGAAGAAAGACAUACACCCUCAAUUCUACGAGGAUUCCAAGGUCUACUGCAAUGGUGAACUCGUGAUGACCACUGGUGGGACUCAGAAGGAGUACGUCGUCGACGUCUGGUCCGGAAACCACCCGUUUUACCUCGGAAACCGAUCUCAGCUGCUCGUCGACGCUGAUCAGGUCGAGAAGUUCCGAAAGAAGUACGGGGAGAUCACCCAGAUCAUGCAGAUUCCUGAUCUCAAGGGCGAGAUCAUUCUUCCUCCCAAACGCAAGUCUGGAUCUGCCAAAGGCGGCAAGAAGAAGUAGUUUCCAAUUGUAGAAUCUGAUUAAAGUUUUGGUAUUUUUUUUUUCCCUUUCUUUCUCGCUCUCUAUGUAAUUUUUUAUGUUUCCGCUAAUUUUGUUGUGAAAUUAUGCUUGCUUUUGUUGAUUGAGAUAUGUUUGGUUUGUUA